AUGCAACGUGUACAAGAUCCACGGAUUGAUCUGGCAGAGAUGAAACUGCAUAUUGUAAAGAAGAUUGGUGUUGAAAGAUGUAGAAGGUAUUUUUACUACUUGGGCAGGUUUCUGAGUCAGAAGCUUACUAAGAGUGAGUUUGAUAAGUCAUGUCACCGUCUUUUGGGGAGAGAGAAUCUUGCUCUUCACAACAAGUUGAUUCGCUCCAUCUUGAGAAACGCAUCAAUGGCUAAAUCUCCACCACAACCAGUUCACAAAACCGGCCACGCUGACAAAUCUUUGGUGCUUGGUCAAGAAGAUGGAUCUCUUGUCCCUAACCAUAAUAGGAACGAUCCUGUUUGGUCAAACGGGGUGUUACCAAAGGUUCGGUCUGGAAAUUGCGAUAGGCCUAGUCCACUUGGGCCAAACGGAAAGGUUGAAACUCUGUUGCAUCAGCCACUUUGUAGAGAAGAUAGACACACUGUGAACGGGGAUUUGGGUCCGUUGGCUUACCAAAGAUCAGGCCGGUACGCUGAUGAAAGAGGUGGUCAGGUCGCAGCUUCAGUAAGCAGAGAAGAUGAAGCUCAAGAAGAGAGAGGUGGGAGAUUGAAUCUCUCCACGAGUCCUGUGCUUGCACCUCUAGGGAUUCCGUUUAACUCCAGGAGAACAGUUCCAGUUUCGACGACGGGUGACUUUAUCAGUUGCUAUGACAGUGGUGGAUUAUCAGAGACAGAGAUGUUGAGAAAGCGGAUGGAGAGUAUUGCAGUAGCACAGGGUCUUGGAGGGGUUUCAGCGGAGUGUUCGAGUAUGUUGAAUAAUAUUUUGGACGUGUACCUUAAGAAACUGAUCAAAUCAUGCGUUGAUUUGGCUGGAGCUCGGUCCAUGAAUGGGGUGCGGCCGAGUAUACAAACUAGCAACCAACCAUCUGACGUGACGCAAGAGCAGCAUUCGGUGUCUUUGCUUGACUUUAGAGUUGCGAUGGAGCUGAAUCCGCAUCAACUUGGGGAAGACUGGCCAUUGCUUCGGGAGAGAAUCUUCAUGCGUUCAUUGGAGGAACGAGAAGGGGUGUGA